AUUCAAAUAAACACUGGGACGUCACAUCGCAAUGGCAGCCAGCAGCACGGCUGUGACAGUCCUCACUCCAAAUGGAAGGAGACAGACUGUCAAAGUGUCCCCCAACACACCUUUAUUACAGGUGCUGGAGGACGUCUGCAAAAAGCAUGGAUUUAACCCCGACGACCACGGUUUGAAGUUUCAGAGGAACGUUCUGGACCUAACACUGCCGUGGAGGUUUGCCAGUGUGCCCAACAAUGCUAAACUGGAAAUGGUGCCAAGUACAAGGAAACAGGCCGGAGUCGACAGCCAGGUGCGGAUUGCACUACAGAUGGAGGACGGGUCUCGGCUCCAGGGUUCGUUCUCCUGUGGACAGAAUCUGUGGGAGCUGCUCACACACUUUCCCCAGACCGGAGUGUUGGAGCUGUCUGAGUCAGGAUCCACUCCUGUGUGUGUUUACAUGAGAGACGAGGUGACUGGGGAGGAAGCACUUAAGAAUGCCACUUUAAAGUCUUUGGGGCUCACAGGAGGAAGUGCCAUUGUCAGAUUUUUACUCAAAAAGAGCAAAACGCCAGAAGAGGAAGAUGGUAGUGAAGCCAUGGAAACAGUUGUCACGCCAAUCACACCUGUUGCCAAGGAAAGCCCACCUAGCCCGCCAUCCCGCCGUGACGUUGCUCCCCCAGAGCCUGAGACGUCAGCAGAGGUGCCAAUCAAAGCAUCCGGCCACGAUAAGCCAGCGGAGGCCCCGACCCCUGCGUCGGCCCCAGGCGCACGUCCUGCCCAACAGGAAGCGGUUCCAGCCCCGCAGGAUGUUGUUCGCCCGAAAGUCUGCCCCGUCAGAGGAGGCAUGCAAGAAGAGGAUGGAGAGGAAGCAGGGCCGUCGGGACUGAACUCCUGCCACACAUCCUCCUCCUCCUCCUCUGCUCCUUUCAUCCCCUUCUCUGGAGGGGGUCAACGCCUCGGGGGUCCUGGAGGAGGUGGAGCAGGAUCUUCAGUAUCAUCAUCAUCAUCAUCCUCAUCUCUGUCAACGAUGGCCGCACUAGGAGGGUCUCCCAAAGCCAAGAAAGCCAAACCCAGCAACGGUGUUAACGCCAAGAGUAAAGCUUCUGCCAAGCAGCAAGACGAGGCCGUGGGUCAGGUGGAAGAGUUCCUGGAGCCAGUGGACAGGGAGCCUCUCGUCUACCACCUGGACUCCGAGAGCCAUUACUCGCAGGACAACCAGGACCUUCCCGACGAGUUCUUUGAAGUGACAGUGGACGACGUGCGCAAGCGCUUCGCCCAGCUGAAGAGCGAAAGGAGGCUGUUGGAGGAGGCUCCGCUGAUGACUAAAGCUCUGAGGGAGACCCAGAUGAAGGAGAAGAUGGACAGAUAUCCCAAAGUGGUCCUGAGGGUCCAGUUUCCAGACAGACAUGUCCUGCAGGGUUUCUUCAGACCCCUGGAAACAGUUGCUGCUGUGAGGCAUUUCGUGAGGAGUCAUCUGGAGAAUCCUGAGCUCUCCUUCUACUUGUUCAUCGCCCCUCCCAGGACUGUUCUGAAUGACCCUUCAGCCACACUUUUCCAGGCCAACCUGUUCCCUGGUGCUCUGGUGUAUUUUGGCUCUGAUGUUAAGACAGAUUGUUUCUUACAGAAGCAACUCAUAGACUCCUGUGUCUCAGCCAUGCAAGCAAAUGAGUCCAUUGCAAGCUGCAUGCCCCGGUCCCCAGCAGCACCCUCCUCUGGCACCCCACACCUCAGCGAGCCGCCUCCUCCCGCAGAGCCCGCCGGGAACAGCGGGACGUCAGGAGAGCACGAUGAAGACCCCGCUGCACACAGCCAGGCCCCCAGACCUGCCCAGCCCGACCUGGGCAAGGUACCCAAGUGGUUGAAGCUCCCAGGGAAGAAGUAACGUCGUUUGGGAGGACUGACCGUGACGGCUUCCCAGCAGGGACAGGCUGUGCUGUGCAGACCCUGCAGAGCAUCGCGCCUCGCUCCCCUCCGAUCCAUGCUCAGCUUUGUAGUGGCAGUGGACUGAUUCCCCCGCGGAACAAGCCUGCGUUCAGCAGUUGUACAAGAAUUCAAAUUGCGAGAUGACUUACUGAAUAACUAGUGAAUAUUUACAUCGCCAUGAACGUUGAUGUUUUAUUCCAACCCGUCUUUCAGAAGAUGGAGUGCAGAACGGGCUCUUUUAUUCAGGGAAGGUUCAUUGAUAAAAAAAAAAAAAACCCAAAAAACAUGUGGAAUAGUAAUGCCAAGUCAACAAUAAAGA